AUGGUUAUGACUCUACUGUACGGGAAGGAGACUCUUGAGAUGGGUGAAGUCACUGCUACUCUUUUGUUAAACACGACAAGGAAGAAGACUAGCAACAUUAAGUUUCAAGGAGAAUGUUUCUUUGAAAAACACAAAAAGAGUCAUCAAAGGGACAGAUUAAAUCAAAAGAGGUCUGGAAGCAGAAGUCGGUCAAAAUCCAAGGAGAAGGGCAAGUUUACUUAUUGUUACUGCAAAAAAGAAGGUCAUAUAAAGAGAGACUGCACAAAAAGAAAGGAGGAUAUAAAGAGGAAAGAAACAGGAAAAGCAUCUGAUGAAGCUAACGUAGCUGAUAGCUCUGACAGAGAUGAUGAAGAUCUUCUCUCCAUAUCUUCAGGUGCGGACUGGAAGAAGAGCUUAGGCCUAGGGAAAGAGAAGGUGAGUUAUCUCCACUUCUACUUCCACGACAUAGCGAGCGGUACUAAGAAUGCGAUGGCUUUGAUUGUGGCCAUGGCUGACACCACGAUAACCUCUCCGACAUUCUUCGGUAUGUUGAACGUAGUAGAUGACCCCCUGACUCAGGGCCCUGCCAUAACUUCUAAGGUAAUAGGGAGAAUGCCGGGAAUUUACGCCUUGGCAUCUCAGCCUGAAUUCAGCCUUUUCAUGGGACUCAACUUUCUGUUCACGACCGGAGAGUUCAACGGAAGCACACUUACUAUGAUUGGGAGGAAUCCCACUAUGGAGAAUGUAAGGGAGAUGUCCAUUGUGGGAGGGAGUGGAGCCUUUCGUCUUGCUCGUGGCUUUCUCCUCGCUAAGACCUACUCUGCGAACACGGUCACCAGGAGCUUUGUGGUCGAAUGCGAAUUCACAGUCAUCCAUUACUAG